AUGCGAUUCACUGCAGUCUGUAUCUCACUGGUCAAUGAUCCCGACCGCACAACAUCGAUAAUGUGGUGGACAUUAGCAUCAUCAGAAAGUUUGCGUCGUUUAUCAGAGUUCUCAUCGACAUCGCAGACACAGUCGCGUUUUGUGCAUUCCGAGCACGGAUUUCCACCACUGCACUAUUUUAACGAAAAGCAGUGGACUGUCUUCGUAUCUUGUUUUGAUGCUUCAUUUUGA